AACCAAUCAGCACGGACCACUAGAGAUGAGUUAUUGACUCCACAUUGCAUGACUGUGGUGUGUGGCGGCAAAGAGGAAAUAUGCUGGAUGCAGGAUCGAGAAGGGUCCUGGGAUGGCUGAGGCUGUUGGCCGGCCUAAGUCUGCUUCUCUGCCUAGUGGGGGAGACAGGGGCCAAGAGGGUCCCCAAAAUCCCCCGCUGUCCUGUCACCUGCUCCUGCACCAAAGACAGUGCCUUCUGUGUGGAUACCAAGGCUAUCCCCAAGAGCUUUCCCCCUGGGAUCAUCUCUCUGACAAUGGUGAAUGCAGCCUUCACUACAAUCCCAGAGGGAGCCUUCUCCCACCUGCACCUGCUGCAGUUCCUUCUUCUGAACUCCAAUACCUUCACUGUGGUUGCUGAUGAUGCCUUUGCAGGUCUGUCACACCUGCAGUACCUAUUUAUAGAGAACAAUGAUGUCCAAGCCUUGUCAAAGCAUACCUUCAGAGGGCUCAAAUCCUUGACUCACCUUUCUCUGUCAAAUAAUAACCUGCAGUUCCUUCCACGAGAACUCUUCAAAUAUCUUGAUAUUUUGACAGACUUAGACCUGCGGGGUAACUCGUUCCGCUGUGACUGUAAAAUCAAGUGGCUGGUGGACUGGAUGGAGAAGACCAACACCUCUGUCCCUGCCAUCUACUGUGCCAGCCCAUUUGAGUUCCAAGGCCGCAGAAUUCAUGAUCUCACCCCACGAGACUUCAACUGUAUCAGCGCAGACUUUGCAGUUUAUGAGACUUUUCCCUUCCAGUCUGUGUCAGUGGAGUCCUAUGAAUUCAACGACAAUCAGUUUGUGGCCUUUGCCCAGCCUGAUACUGGGUUCUGUACACUGUUUGUAUGGGAUCAUGUGGAAAUGGUCUUCCGGAGGUACCAUAAUAUAACAGCUCGCUCCGCUGUCUAUUGCAAGCCUGUGGUCAUAAACAACACUCUUUACAUGGUUGUGGCUCAACUUUUUGGAGGAUCCCACAUCUACAAGUGGGAAGAGGACCCACAGCGAUUUGUGAAGAUCCAGGACAUUGACACCACACGUGUGAGGAAACCCAACUUUGUUGAGACCUUCCAGCUGGAUGAUGAGUGGUACUUUGCCGUGGCAGACAGUUCCAAGGCAGGCUCUACGAGCAUAUACCGCUGGAACAGCAACGGUUUCUACUCCCAUCAAUCCCUUCAUCCCUGGCAUCGUGACACCCAUGUGGAGUUCCUAGAUGUGGAAGGGAAGCAGCGUCUCAUUCUCUCCAGUGCCUCCCAGCCCCCAGUGGUUUACCAGUGGAACCGCAGCCUGCGCCAGUUUGCCUUUCAUUCCCAAAUCACUGAGACUUUCGACGUGCAGAUGGUCAAGCAUUUCUGGGUGCGCAACGUCCUCUACCUUUGCCUUACACGCUUCAUUGGUGACUCCAAGAUUCUCCGAUGGGAGGGGCAGCGCUAUGUUGAGAUUCAGACCUUGCCCUCACGUGGCUCCAUGGCUGUGUAUCCAUUCACUGUGGGUCCCCGCCAGUAUCUUCUCCUAGGGAGUGAUUUCUCCUUCUCUCGAGUUUACCUGUGGGAUGACCUCACCCAGCGCUUCCAGCCCUUCCAGGAGCUCAACAUGAGAGCACCCCGGGCCUUCAGCUUGGUGUCAGUGGACAACAAAGACAUGCUGCUGGCAGCCAGCUUUAAAGGCAACACCCUAGCCUACCAGCACCUAAUAGUGGAUCUCAGUGCCAAAUAGACCAAUCCAGCCGAAUCUACAGUAUGAGACCAUUCAUUAAUCUGUGCUGUUCUUGUGGAGAAGACAUCUAAGCCAUGCAACUAAAUGCCUGUUAAAUUGGCAAAACAAAAUGUAAUAGUACUAAUGAACAGGAAAUGCAUGAUAUUUUCUGAUGUGUCUGAUUGAAUCAAUUAAAACUAGAUGUGUAAUGACAGAACAUAUCACCAUAAGUAAUACAUAGUACAUCACUAUGCAACAUCACUACUUACUUGACCUACCAUUCAUUUAUGCUAUGUGGGAAAUAUAAUGGGAGGUUCCAAUGCAGAUAUAGUACAAAUAUAAGUAACAUCAGAUUAUGUGAAAUGCAUGUGCAUCUACUGAACUUUUCUAUUGGAUGUUAUAAAAUCCUUUAAUUCAUGAAUAUCAAUAUAGGAAAAUAACUGUUCACAUCAAAUAGUUGGACAUUCUAUGAAAUGAUAGUUAAGAUAUUUUGUUCAAAGCAAUACUGUAAUCUGCAUGCCAUAAUGUUCUCUUUACAGUAGAUAAUCUUUUAUAAAAUUAUUCUGUAUACAUUUUAUAUUGCAUCAAGGUAAUAAUAGCAAUACGUGUUAAUAGGUUUCGCUCUGUUGAUCCUGAAUGAUACCAAUAUAUUUUUGUUUAAUUACAAUGCAUGUGUACAUGGAAGGUUGUCAAGCUCCUGUCAUCACCGUGUGUAUGUGUGUGAUAUAUAUGUAGUUGUGAUGUCUUCACUAUUAUUCUACAAUGUAGAAAAUAGUAAAAAAAUUAAGA